GUGCUCUUCCGAUGCCAGAAGAUUGAGGAAGGCAGUGCAAGAUGGCGGUGGACUGGAUUGGUUUUGGAUAUGCGGCUUUGGUGGCUUCAGGAGGUCUGGUCGGUUAUGUUAAAGCGGAAAGGAGGGGGGUCAAUGAUGCGAGCGCGGAGAUCGAAAUAACAGAGGUAUCGUCCGAACUCACCAAAUACAGGAAUAAAGCCAGAAGAGUGGUGAUUGUAUCCUCACUGACUUUCAUGAAUAAUGGCAGUUUGUUUUGCGGCGCUGGGGUAAUGUUCCUACCUCGAAGCAAGAGAGUCUGGUUCAAAUCCCAUUUGACCUGGAGGCGUGUCAUGAUGUAUCGGAACAAGUUGAUUAAAAUAACAAAACCCGGAAGUUGUAGUGUGCCUUCUCUAGCAGCUGGCCUACUAUUUGGGAGUGCAGCUGGGUUUGGUGCUUAUCAGAUUACUCAAGACCCCAAGAACAUAUGGUUGUCUUUAAUUGCUUCAGGAGCACUGACUGGAAUAAUGGGAAUGAGAUUCUACAAUUCAGGAAAAUUCAUGCCAGCAGGAUUAGUCGCAGGAGCAAGCUUCCUGAUGCUUGGAAGACUUGGUCUGAAAAUGCUUGAAAGAUCCCACAAAUCAUGAACUAGUUUCUUUCCUGAAAGAAAGUUUUGUAUAUGUCUUUUGAAUCACUGACUAUAUUUAAUUUUUAUCGUAUAAACUUACAAAGUGAAUCUUGAACUGAAUCUGAACAGAAUUUAAUUCAAUAAAUCUUGAUUCAAAGAUUC